AUGAGCGGCCACCAUUUUCUGACAGCUGCAUCUGAGCAGCCCCAAUCGCACGCACAGCAACCUCAUGUGCAGCAGCAACCACACCCCCUCAAGCCCGAGAACAACAACGACAACAACACCCAGCAGCAACCACUCUCUCCUGUGGAGCAGCGCGUUGCUAGCGAGCUUGGACAGACACAUGCCGCCACCAUCCUCCUCUCCCAUGCCCUUUCCCGUGAAUGCGCAGCAUCGCAGCCAGAACCAGCGUCCCAGCAGCCACAGGACGAAGCGCAGCAGCAGCAGGAGGACACCCCUUCUGCCUCCACACCACACCUAGGGGAACGCUGGGCAUCUGACAUCUUUGACAACAUUGACUGCCCUUCCCUCGUUGCCCUGCUCACAGACACAGACAACAAGCUCAAAGCAACCACAACAGACCAGCAACCCAUGCCACAGCAACCCACCACGACCACGACCACGACCACGACCACGACCACCACCACUGAACCAAUCACCGCACAGCCACAGCCACAGCCACAGCCACAGCCACAGCCACAGCCACAACAGCAAGCACAGCAGCAGCAGGCGCCUUCAAGCAUGGCCACCAUGCUGUCGUCGACUGCGCCGUCGCUGGAUGACGCCGGCGACCAGGGCGAGCUGCAGCGCUUCACCUCGGAGGACAUGCUGGGCGCGCUCCCACCCAUGUCGGAGUCCAUGAUGGCCAUGCUGCCCACUGCAUCGUCCCUCAUGGCCGACCUCGGGGCCGCACCGCACGACACCAUCAGCAACACGAGCCCAGCCAGCACCGCAGGGUACCCCACCUACCCGGCAACCACCUCAACUGACACUGCAGCCACAGCCACAGCCACAGCCACAGCCACUACCACCACCAGCACCACCAGCACCGUCAGCCAGCAACUGGAGAUGCACAACGGCCUGCUCUUCCGUGAGCCGUCUGCAGACUUCUUUGGCGACCUGCUGCAGAAGCAGCCGUCGUUCAUAGCCACCCUCGACCAGCUGCUGGGAACCAUCGACUCAGACGCUUCCACCAGUGGCACAGCCACAGGGCCCGCGCCCCUCCACACCGUCGUGCCAACGUGCACAGCGUCCUCCUCAGCGUCGUCGUCGCUGGCGGACCACCACCACCACCACCACCACCACCACCACAACCACAGUAGCAACAGCAACACAACCAACACGGCUGCAGGGGACCUGCCCCGCGCAGAGAGCAACAUCUUCGCCAUGGACUUUGUGGACGACGCUGCGGACGAGUUUGCAGGUGUCAUGCCGUCUCCAUUCUCACUGGACAUGGAGGCGCCCUCGCCCGCCCUCUCUUCCACAUCCACCGCCACCUCCACCACCACUGCCAUCAAGGGCACAUCCGCAUCAGCAACCACAGCAUCAGCAACCUCGGCUGCUGGUCCCCGCAGCAAGCGCGCCAAGCGUGCAGCAGCAGCAGGCGGCACCAGCAAGACCAAGAAGAGCAAGGGCAGCGCUGGUGCUGGUGGUGCUGAUGGUGGUGCCGAUGAGGCUGAUCCCGCCAUCCCCGGGGCAACCCCGGAGGCGCCGCUUGGAUAUACAGUGGACGGGCGACCGCGCAAGCGCCGGCCAAAGCGGUUUGUGCCGGACACGGAGAAGACGGCUGCGUACUGGGCCAAGCGCAAGAAGAACACGGCGUGCGCGCGGCGCAACAGGGAGCGGCGGCGACAGGAGCGCGAGGAGCAGGAGCGUGUUCUACGGCAGCAGGACGAACGGCGCAAGGCGCUCGUGCGCGAGAUGGCGACGCUUCGGCAGCGCGCAUGCGACCUCCGUGACGUGCUCAUCGCCACAUAUGCACAGCGCAGCCCCGCACACAUGACGGCCGACCAGAAGCUGCUGCUGCAGUAUGUGACCAAGCACAUGCCGCGGCUUGACAAGCACCGCCCCGUGCAGUUGCCCCACGCACUGCAGUCUAUGGUGUCGUCAUCAUCGGCGUCUGCUGCUGCUCCGCCCUCAUCGUCACUCACACGGCACUGA